GUCUCAUUAGUAUUCCGUCAAAGUGAGUUACAAUAAAGCAAUUUUCAAUUAAGUUUAGAGCUCACAUCACUUCAGUUUUCCUUAUUUUUUUUGGUUUAUUAGUUUUCCCUUUUUCGUUUGGAAAUGAUGGCUUUGGUAAAAUCGAUAAUCGGCUUAUUGUGGCUGCAAUUGGACGUGCUCAGUUUCAGGAUCCUGGGAUAUAUCAUGCGGCGCUUUUUGCGUUCGGCCAUGAUUGUCUUCAGUUGGUUCGUGGUCCCAUUUAGCCGUUACAACAACAUCAAGGUGAUUCGCCGUAAAUUGCCGCCCAUACGCAGCCAUCUGUUGGAGAUACCAGCCGUCGAUUUGGCCAAACUGAUUCGCAACCGUAAGAUUAAAAGCGAAGAAGUGGUUGAGGCCUAUAUAGAACGAUGUCGACAGGUAAAUCCGCUGAUCAAUGCCAUUGUACAGGAUCGCUUCGAGGAGGCCCUGGAGGAGGCACGCGAAAUAGACAAUGUCAUUGCCAUGGGCAUCAAUAGCGUGGAAUCGAUGGAAGAACACACUCCACUUCUGGGCAUCCCAGUGACGGUGAAGGAGAGCAUUGCCGUCAAGGGUCUGACCAAUCAGGCGGGUCGUGUCUUCAAGACGCCUCAGAUAGCCAAGUCGGAUGCUCCGGUGGUGGAGCAGAUCAAGCGCUGUGGCGGCAUCAUCUUGUUGGUUUCCAACACACCAGAGCUGUGCUUGCUCUGGGAGACAUACAACAAUGUGACUGGUCAGACAAAGAAUCCCUACGAUCUGAAGCGCACGCCGGGAGGCUCUUCGGGUGGAGAAGCAGCACUGCUGGCCAGUGGAGCUUCCCUGCUGGGCCUGACCUCGGAUAUAGGCGGAUCAUCGCGUUUGCCCGCCAUGUUCAGUGGCAUUUGGGGUCACAAGCCCACACCGUAUGCCGUCUCGUUUCGUGGCCAUCAUCCCACUUCGGAUCAGCCGACAUGGGGUGACUUCUUCACCAUUGCCCCCAUGACACGCUAUGCCAAGGACUUGCCGCUGCUGCUGAAGUGCAUGAGUGAUCCGACUGGACCGAAAUUGACAUUGGAUAAGGAGAUCAGUGCCCAUGGCAUACGUUUCUUUUUCAUGGACAACGAUGGACCCUCGGGUAUGAUGCGUCCUCUGAGCCGUGACCUUCAUACGGCAAUCAAUCGAGUGGCCAGUGAUUUCAAUGCCAAACGUGUGAAUAUACGCAAAAUGAAAUGGUCACUGGACAUCUCGCUGUCGGCCAUGCUGACCAUGAAGAAUAUCGAGACCAUUUACCACAAGACCGAGGAGGGCGAGGAGCCCAAAACGGUGUGCAAGGAGACAGUCAAAUAUUUCUUUGGCUGCUCUGACAGUAUUCUACCCUCGGUGAUCUUUGGCCAUUUGCAGAAUUUCAUGAAAAUAAUACCCAAUUCGCGGCACAAGCAUUUGGCCAGCAUCAUUGAGGCGCUCAAGACUGAAUUCAAGGAGCUGCUGGGCAACGAUGGUGUCUUCCUCUAUCCCACAUUUCCCAAUACAGCGCAUCAGCAUUAUCAGAUCUAUCACAAGCUGCUGGAGCCGAUGUAUAUGGCCAUAUUCAAUACACUUGGCCUGCCUGUUACCAAUUGCAUGAUUGGCCUGGAUCGUCGCAAUUUACCCAUGGGCAUUCAGGUGGUGGCCAAUCCCGGUCAGGAUCAUCUAUGUCUGGCGGUGGCACGUGAAAUGGAGCGACGCUAUGGCGGCUGGGUGCGUCCCCCCUCAGAGGAUAGUCAUAGUAGCAAUAGCAGCAGCAGCAGCAGCAGUGGAAAACAACGUGGUUAGUCCUUUAGAUACCCAACACACACACGGCUUUAAUCCUUUCGAACGUGAUCCUUUCUGUACUUUCAUUUUGAAUAUAGCAAAUAAAUUUAUGUAUCUCUACUAAAUCUUCAUCAAAUUGUCAGCGAUAAAAAAAAAAAAUUGGUUUCAUCCUAAUUCAUUGCAUUAAAUUAUUCAAACGCCUUGUCAACAAAAUUAUUCACCCUUAUCUUAUCGUAUAUAUAUAUAUAUAUACCUAAAUAUAUGUAUUGUUUUGUGUAAAUAUUCGUUUAGCUUCUAAGUGUUAGAUUGCUACAAAUAUUAUAAAUAUUUUAUAUAUAUAUAUAUAGUAAUAUUUCCUUUAGUAACUAUUUUUGAAAACAUAAACACAGAGACAAAUUGUUGAAUAAAUUUUUACUAAAAAUCAAA